AUGGCUUCACAGAAAGAUUCCGUAUGUUCUCCUUUCAAGGGUCUACUUCAAAAAGCACAGGUACUCUACAAUCGGGGAGAAUUCGAAUACGCUCUGAUGUUUUUCCAUCGCGGGCACAGCAAGCGACCGGAGUUGCAAGAGUUUCGUAUCGGGAUACAGAAGUGUGAGGAAGCAAUUAAAAAUUCAUUGCAACAUACAAAAGGAUUGUGCGUCACGGAAGAAGGAUCUGCUGCGUUCAGAGCUGAAAUGGAUGAGAAACCACAAAAGCGACCCACGGUCAAAAACGGGAAGAAAGGAGAAAGGGAUAAAACGUCAGAUGAUGUACCGUUUCAUGUGUUACCACCGGCAAAGUCAAGAGCAUUUUUCGGCUACCUGUAUGAAGAUCAUGAAUAUCUGAAGAACCUGAUCCAUCAAGAAGCCGUAAACAAAUGGAAAACAACCUGUUCGGAAGAAGUCAGACAGAUUGCUCGCAAUGGUUUAAACUAUCUGGAUGCUCGUUCGCAGUUCUGGCAUCAGGAAAGACCAAUCUACGCUAGACGAAAGCCGCGAUCAUUGAGAAGAGAUAAAGCUAAAGAAAAAGCGGCCAUAGCCACGGGACAGGGUCUUACUAUCUAUCAAGUUUUGGAGAAGCUGCAUGAAAUCGAUAAAUGCCAACGUUCGGAUGACCAUGGAAUGGCUAUUAGACUGGCUGAACUUUUACGCGCAGAAGUCGGUCAGUGGUCUGAUGAACAAUGCCCCAACCGAUUGGAAGUGUUGGCCAAUGUGAAUUCUAUGCUGGGGCUAUCCUAUUUGGAAUCGGAGCGUUUGGAAGAGGCAUUGGAGGCACAUGAACAGGCUUAUGCCCUCGGGAAGCGUUGUGACUUACCCGAAAUCGUGGCUCAUGCGGUGGAUAAUAUUGGACGUGUGUACGCCAAAAAGGGUGAUUACCAGGCAGCAAUUGAUGUAUGGGAGAAGAAACUGGACGAUACGGACGACCAAUACGAGUUAAUUUGGUUGCAUUACGAGAUUGGACGUUGUCAUUUGGAAUUAGAACACUCAGACCGGGCAUUGGAUCAUGGAUUAUCGGCUUUGCACCUGGCUAAACAAAUGUCGGAUGAGGCGUGGCAAUUGAAUAUCACCGUACUAAUUGGUCAGUCAAAUUUACAAAUGCAGAAGCGUUCAGACGCGUUAGAGGCCUUCCGAAGUGCACAAGAAUUGGCCAAAUCGCUUAACGCUGGAGACGCGGAACGAGCAAUUGCACAAGUAAUGGACGAAUUCGAAGGCACUGAUUUCGAAGUGGAAACGGACACACUUACACAAGAUGACUCUGUUUUCGACAAAACACCCACCAUACGUGAGUAUCCCUAUAUCGAUUUGUAA